AUGCAUCUCCUUAAGUACGACGAAGAUGGCCGCCUUACGAUCCCUAGCUUUGAAGAUGGCGCGAUACCGCCUUAUGCAAUACUAUCACACACCUGGGGGGCAGAUGCGGAGGAAGUCACUUUCGCGGACCUUGCAGAAGGCGGAGGCGGCAAGCACAAGCCUGGCUACAAGAAGAUUCGCUUCUGCGGAGCGCAAGCACAGCAAGAUGGACUGCAGUACUUCUGGGUCGACACAUGCUGCAUCGACAAGUCGGAUCAGGCUGAGCUCUCUUUGUCGAUCCGGUCCAUGUUUCGCUGGUACCAAAACGCGACGAAGUGCUACGUAUACCUAUCAGACGUAUCGGCAAAGAAGAGGAAACUCGACGAUAUGCUUACCCAGUCCACUUGGGAGCCAACCUUUAGGUCGAGUCGAUGGUUCACGCGUGGCUGGACACUCCAAGAGCUUCUUGCCCCUAGCACAGUCGAGUUCUUCUCUCAAGAGUGGAAAAAGCUUGGUAAUAAGAUAUCGCUAAAGUCAGUAAUUAGAAAGAUCACUGGUAUCCCACACGAAGCGCUCGACGGAGCUCCUCUUUCCCAUUUCAGCGUUGACGAGCGGCUGCGGUGGAAAGGUGACAGGAAGACGAAACGCGAAGAAGAUGCAUGGUACUCGUUAGCGGGCAUUUUCGAUGUCGAGAUAGCGCCAGCUUACAGCGAAGGGGCGGCCAGCGCAUUUAAACGUCUAAAGGACGAGAUCGACAAGCUCGAAGUAUGCAUUCGAGACAUACGUCACACAGAUCCGCGUCACGACAAGAAGCGCAUUGAAGAUACAAAAGGAGGAUUGCUAGCAGACUCCUACCGCUGGGUUCUUGACAACACUACCUUCCAGCAAUGGCAACAGGACCCGAACAGCCGACUGCUAUGGGUAAAAGGGGAUCCCGGUAAAGGCAAGACGAUGCUGCUCUGCGGCCUUAUCGACAAGCUGCAAAGUCCAAUGUCUCAAACUGAGCUUUUGUCGUACUUUUUCUGCCAAGCAACUGACUCGCGCAUCAACAGCGCUACGGGCGUAGUACGAGGACUGUUGUAUAUGCUCGUGGAUCAGCAACCAUCACUUAUGUCGCAUAUCCGUGGAAAGUACGAUCAUGCAGGUAAGGCCUUGUUCGAGGAUGCGAAUGCCUGGGUAGCGCUGUCAGAUAUCUUCACAAGCGUGACGCAGGACAAGGGGCUAAAGAGAACGUAUCUUGUCGUUGAUGCUCUCGACGAGUGCGUGGUGGACCUGCCUAAGCUUCUUGAUCUUAUCGUCCUUACUAGCACAUUGUCUGCUCGUAUAAAGUGGUUGGUGUCAAGUCGAAACGAAAAUCACAUCGAGGAGAAGCUCAAGUCAGUCGGUGAUAAAGCCAAGCUAAGUCUAGAGCUUAAGCAGAACGCGGAACAGGUGGCUCGAGCUGUAGAUGCAUACAUCGACCAUAAGUUGUCUUGUCUUGAGUCACUCGGAGAAGAGGAUCAGCGAAAGCAAGUGCGAGAUGAGUUGCACCGGAAGGCGAACGGCACCUUUCUUUGGGUGGCUUUGGUGAUGCAGGAGCUUGAGAAGCCCGAGAGCUGGGACCCACUAGCUGUAGUUGAGGAGGCACCAGCGGGCUUACAUCAGCUGUACGAUCGCAUGAUGCAGCAGAUCCAGCGGCUGUCAGCAAGGAAUGUGAAGAUCUGCCAGUCUCUACUCUGUAUCACGGCUGUCGUAUACCGUCCGCUCUACCUUGCUGAGAUGGGCAGCCUGUGCAGGUCGGCAGGUCGAGCUACAAUGGCAGCGGAGACUGUAAGAAAGAUUAUAACCAUGUGCGGAUCGUUUCUUACCGUUCGCGACGAGCAAGUCUACCUUGUUCAUCAGUCAGCCAAGGACUAUCUGAGCGACAAGAUGCAAUCUGCAGCCCUUCCGUCCGAAAACGAGGUGCAUUAUACCCUGUUUGCCCAGUCACUCGAGCUGCUGUCUAGCAGAUUGAAACGCGACAUGUACGGUUUGGUGGAGCCAGGCUGCUCGAUCGACGAGGUCAGAGUACCCGAUUGUGAUCUGCUAGCGACCGCGCGCUACUCGUGCGUCUAUUGGGUUGAUCAUUUUUGCGAGUCGAAGCCUAAGUCUUCAGGGAGCAGUAUUAGUAGCCCGCAAACCGCAGACGUUGUCGAAGAGUUUCUAAGGAAGAAGUAUCUCUACUGGCUAGAGGGGCUUAGUCUGUGUCACAGCGUAGGGAGGGGCGUCGUCUCGAUAGAAAAACUGUGGUCGCUGGUGCAGGAGAUGUGCGACCAAGACAGACUUGCUGAGCUUGUUCAAGACGCACGGCGGUUUAUCAUGUACCACAAAGGCGCAAUCAAGAGCUACCCUCUUCAGACCUAUGCAUCCGCACUGCUGUUCAGCCCGACAGGUAGUCUUGUCAGACAGCUGUUCAAGCACGAAGAGCCAGAAGCAAUCAGCAUUAGGCCAACUUUAAGCGAGGAGUGGAGCGCGUGUCUCCAGACGCUUGAGGGCCAUAGCAGUGAAGUCAGCUCGGUGGCCUUCUCGCACGACUCGACGCGGCUGGCGUCGGCGUCCCACGACAGCACCGUCAAGAUGUGGGAUGUGAGCACCGGCGCGUGUGUGCAGACGCUUGAGGGCCAUAGCGGUGCUGUCAGCUUAGUGGCCUUCUCGCACGACUCGACGCGGCUGGCCUCAGCGUCCUGGGACAACACCGUCAAGAUGUGGGAUGUGAGCACCGGCGCGUGUGUGCAGACGCUUGAGGGCCAUAGCGGUGCUGUCACCUCGGUGGCCUUCUCGCACGACUCGACGCGGCUGGCGUCGGCGUCCCACGACAGCACCGUCAAGAUGUGGGAUGCGAGCACCGGCGCGUGUCUGCACACGCUCGAGGGCCAUGGCAGUACUGUUAUGUCGGUGGCCUUCUCGCACGACUCGACGCGGCUGGCGUCGGCGUCCCACGACAGCACCGUCAAGAUGUGGGAUGCGAGCACCGGCGCGUGUCUGCACACGCUUGAGGGCCAUAGCAGUGCUGUCACCUCGGUGGCCUUCUCGCACGACUCGACGCGGCUGGCGUCGGCGUCCCACAACAGGACCGUCAAGAUGUGGGAUGCGAGCACCGGCGCGUGUCUGCAGACACUCGAAGGCCAUAGCGAUUAUGUCACCUCAGUGGCCUUCUCGCACGACUCGACGCGGCUGGCCUUAGCGUCUAGCGACAGGACCGUCAAGGUGUGGGAUGCGAGCACCGGCGCGUGUGUGCAGACGCUUAAGGGCCAUAGCAAUGCUGUCACCUCGGUGGCCUUCUCGCACGACUCGACGCGGCUGGCCUCAGCGUCCUGGGACAACACCGUCAAGAUGUGGGAUGUGAGCACCGGCGCGUGUGUGCAGACGCUUGAGGGCCAUAGCGGUGCUGUCAGCUUAGUGGCCUUCUCGCGUGACUCGACCCGGCUGGCCUCGGCGUCCUACGACAAGACCAUCAAGGUCUGGGAUGCGAGCACCGGCGCGUGUCUGCACACGCUCGAGGGCCAUAGCCAUUUUGUCAGCUCGGUGGCCUUCUCGCACGACUCGACCCGGCUGGCCUCAGCAUCCUACGACAAGACCGUCAAGAUAUGGGAUGCGAGCACCGGCGCGUGUCUGCAGACGCUCGAGGGCCAUAGCCGUGAAGUCAGGUCAGUGGCCUUCUCACACGAUUCAACCCGGCUGGCGUCGGCGUCCUACGACAGCACCGUCAAGAUGUGGGAUGCGAGCACCGGCGCGUGUCUGCAGACGCUCGAGGGCCAUAGCAGUCUUGUCAGCUCGGUGGCCUUCUCGCACGACUCGACCCGGCUGGCCUCGGCGUCCUACGACAAGACCGUCAAGAUGUGGGAUGCGAGCACCAGCGCGUGUCUGCACACGCUCGACGUUGGCAAGGCUCUCUUCCAUUUAUCGUUCAAUUGCAACAGUUCUCGCCUCCUUACUAGAAUCAGGUCUAUCGAUACUCAGAGCUUAGAUACAUCUAGCAUAACAGAUCUCAAAGAACCUGCGCGUCCCUUGUACGUAGGCACUAGCGUUAGCUCAGACAGGAUAUAG